AUGUUAAAUAAGAAUUUGAAUUUACUGCUUAAAUUGAACAAAUUGGAUUUUGUUCCACCAAACAGCAACUUUGGGGGAGGUUCUAGUCCUUUUACUCCAGUUGACCAAACUUUGAAGACACCUUUAGAAGCACCUCAACACCAAACUGAAUUUCCAUUACCACACCAAUUUCAGCUGCAGCAUCAAGGAUAUCACGGAAACGGGAAUCAAUCCUCACUAUAUCAAAACCCAGAGGUUAAUGAAUCCGACGAUAUUCUUACCGAUAUUGAUGAGCCAUACAAUAUGGCUAGAAGAAAUUUUACAUUGUUUUUUACAAACCAAUUUGACCAAGUAUUGAUUUCAAUAUAUUCCAGCAUCUUGUCAUUGCCAACCACUACCCCGUUUCUGGGAAAUAUUCCGCCUAGUGGAUUAGUCAGUAAGGUUGCCAACGAAACAAUAAAGGAAUUGAUUAGAGUCACUUCUGGGUCCAAGAAUACACCUGUAUACGAUCAAUUCAAUAUAAUCAACCUGGAUUGUCUUCGGAGCCACGAAUAUCAACCAAUAAUUUUACAGUUGAUAAGAAAAAGGUUAUUAGAGAUAUGCCAUAGCAAGAACAAUACUGUUAACAAACUACCAGAGUCCACGUCUAUACUGCUCAACAGUACGGUGACAAGAAAUUCUUCUGUCUCCAACUUAUCCUUGAGCGAUAUGAAUCUAAUGAACUACAAUAGCUCAAGUCAAAAUAACGCUACAGUGAACUUGGCAAGAUCGCGGUCGUCGUCAAUCAACUUGAGAAAGCAGUCUCUAACGAGAAACAACUCCAACAAUUGGCUACAUGUUGGAAACAUUAACAAUUUGAGACCGAAUGGAAAUCCAGAUUUUAAUAUGAGUACAGAUUCAUUGCAAUCGUUCCAAGAUUUUGUUCCUCAAUCAAUAAUUAAUCGUACAUCCAAUGGCAAUGGUAAUGUCAGUGUGACUAAUACCAGUAAUAAUUUCGUCAGUUCUGCAAGUAACGUUGGUCAAUUAAAUUCUAUGAUGAUGGACUAUCAUAUAACUCCCCCAACUUCACAUAAGGGUUCCGUAAGUUCGACUAACCUGCCAUACAAUAUUGUCCAUAAUCCUUGUACUUCUGAUUCCGAAGAAUUCCAGUUUUUACAAAGGUCAAGAUCUUCGUCAAGGGGUAACAAUUUACCACAAGCACUAAAUAUCAAUACUGAUAUGUCUAAUCUACAGGCUUUGAAUUCAUUACAAGGAAAUUCAAACAAUUCCAAAAAUGUGCAACUGGGACUAUCGUUGGACUCUCCAUUCUUGUCUGCUACAACUCCAGGAGACGAAUAUUUUAGUGGGACACUGUUUGCCAAUUCAAGCAAUAACCUGACUGUGGCUGGAGUCAGUGCAGGUGCUAACUCUGUUGAAGGCACAGAAACAGGUUGUGACACUUCUAAAGCAAACUUACCUAAUCAGUACAGUUUAAGCGAGAAGAAAAGAGACUCUUUGAAAAUGAAGCGUGGAAUUCAUUAA